UGGCCUUCCAAUAUGGAAUAUAAAUCUCAAGCUUAAUUUAUAUAAAUGCUCAAUUUCUCACCCUUUUAUUUAUAUACCCUCCAGAAAGGGGAAACCAAAACCAUACAUGUCCAAGUUAACUAUAUAUUUCAAGAUCGGUGUGCUUGUGCCAAAGGGAGAAAAAAAUGUACAACAAGCACAACAACCCACAUAAAUCAAGAACAGAGGGUUUUGUUGUUAUACAAAUAAGAACUGAAGAAGAAGCAUCCUUUGAACAAAUCCCUCAACCUUGUCCAAAGUUGAACCUCUCUGCCAUGAAGCUCUUUCAACGCUUUCGCAAGAUCUUCAUGCGCCUAGUGUUCUCGGUACCUAAUUCUCGUCGCUCAAAGGAUUCGAAGCACAAAGUAAACGACCAGUUUGAACCGCCCAAGACUUCAUGCAGUUCGUACUAUUCCUCUUACUCGCAUUACAAUGAGGCCAUUGCGGAUUGCAUCGAGUUUUUCAAUAAGUCAGCACAAGAUGGCGUUUUGGAUGGUCGAAAAUCUGAUGUUGUCUGAGAGUCUGACAUUAAUUAUCCUUUGAUUAAUGUCUUGUGUUCUUUGAUUCGGUUGCCACCAUAUGUGGUUCAUUAUACUUAUUACAUUAUUUUCCUUAUGCUAUAAUGAUCAUGUAUAUGCAUAUGUAUAUGGGAGCAUUGAAUUUUGCAUAUAUAAUGGAAUUACUUCAAUUCGAUUGCU